AUGAGACCACCACUGCUGCCGCUGCUCGUCCUGUGGGUGCCACAGCUCCUGGGAACCCUGGCAGAGGACGAGGGAUGCAACCGGACAGCACGGGCAGGGUUGGAGGGCCAGGAUGCACUCAGCGAUAGAGGGACCCUCCUGAACCUCAGUGUCAGUGACCAUGGCCGGUCAGACUCCCUCCUUCUGUCCUGGGAUGAGCCAGAGCGCAGUGCCAAGGGAUACUCGCUCACCCUCUCCUCCCUGGGGUCUGGCACACCGCUGCAGAAUGGAUCUGCUGGACCCAACAUCACCAGCUUCUGGUUCCAUGGGCUGACCCCUGGCAUGCGCUACAAGAUUGAGGUGACAGCCACACUUGCCUGCAUGGAGACCACCAGCCAGACAGUCACAGCACAGACAAGUCCUUCACCUGUCCGCAAUCUGAGCCUGAGCAGCGGUGGGAGCUCUACCGUGCUGCGCGCCUCCUGGGCGCACGCCCACGGGCAGCGGGAUGGCUACCACCUUGCCCUCUACCACAGCGACUCCCAGACGCUCGUGAGAAAUGCAUCCAUCCUGCCAAACACCUCCACGUUCCUGUUUGACGGGUUGCUGGCUGGCAGCGAAUACGCCUUGAAGGUCAGCACGCUGGCUGGAUCCAGCCAGGCAAGCACCAGUAUCCACCAGUGGACAGCUCCCUCCAUCCCCACCCAGCUGAGGCUCAUCCCGGGCUCCAGCACCAGCCUUGUCGCCUCCUGGUCGGGUGCUGCGGGGGCUGCCUGGCUGCACCUCACUCUCCACAACCUCCUCACCCAGACGGUGACCACGACCCUGUCAGCCAGGAGGGGCCUCACCAGCUACACCUUCCAGCAUCUCCACCCCGGCACCCAGUACUGGCUGGGACUCCCAGUACUGGCUGGCACUGAGCACCACAGCCGGGUCCUACACCAUGGGGGGGCCCAAUGCCACCGCUUGGACAUAUGUUCUCAGGAAAACUGGGGGGGAAAUGGAGAGGGCAAGCCUAGCCUCCUGGACAGAGGAAGACUCAUGCCGAACGCCAAGAAAGCGUUGGCCCUCCCUAACCCCCUGAGCCCUGGCAAUGUGACCCUGAGCAGUGCAGAAGAGCAGAGCUCCUUGCAGGCUCGCUGGAGCACCCCAGCAGGAGAGAGGGACUUCUACCUGGUGACACUGCAGGAGGGAGAGGAGGGUGCUCCGAUGAGGAACAUCUCCGUCGGUGGAGACAACAGUCAUGUCACCUUCCACGGGCUGAGCCCUGGGAAGCAAUACUCUGUCCAGGUGACAGCGGUGGCUGGGCCCUACCGGGCAUCAGCCCACAGCACAGCAGCCUGGACACAGCCGCUAGCACCAUCUGGUGUGAGCCUGUCCAGCCAGGGGAGCCCCUACAGCCUACUAGCCAGCUGGGAGGAGGCAAUGGGAGAGGGCUAUGUGCUGGCCCUCAGCCCCAUGGAGCACCCCGUGAAGAACAGCUCACUGCUCAGAGGUGUCACCAAUUUCACCUACGAGGGCCUCCGCCCUGGGACUCUCUACACCUUUGAGGUCAGCACCGUGGCUGGCCCCUACACAUCCUCACCCCAGCGCAUCACCAACUGGACAUAUCCUUUGCCCCUGGAGCAGCUGACUCUCAGCAAUCAGGGCCACAGCACCUCUCUGCAAGCCUCCUGGAGAGCAGCUCCCACUGGCAGCACUGGCUACACAGGCACCCUCUGGGAAACCAAGUCCCAGGAGUGGGUCAGGAACAUGACUGUGGGGAACAACUGGACAAAUGUCACCUUUGAGGACCUGGUCCCUGGACGACAGUAUACACUGGAGAUGGCUGCUAUGGCUGGACCUUACAGAUCCCCUGUGCGAUCAGCCACAGACUGGACAUACCCUUUGGCUCCAGCUGGCGUGACCCUGACGAACACUCGACGCCCACUGGGACUCUCUGCCUUCUGGGACAAGGCUGCUGGUGAUGUAGACCAGUUCCAUCUCCAGCUCUACAGCAAGAGCCAUCCAGUGCAGAGGAACAUCUCAGUGGGGCCAAACACCCACAACUUCACAUUCCUGGGGCUGUCCCCUGGUAUUCAGUACUUCCUGAAGGUGACCGUCCUUGCUGGCCCAUACAGAUCCUCAUCACACUUUGCCACUGAGUGGACAUAUCCACUGUCUCUGGCUAACGUGAGUGUACAGCCUGGCCGGAGACCCCAGGAGCUACAUGUGAGCUGGGUGGAGUCAGGUGGUGGCAGAGACCAUUUGGUACAGCUCUCGGUGGCUGAAUCCCUGUCCAUCAUCAGGAACGUGUCCGUCCCCCGUGGAGUCACCCAGCUUGACCUAGAGGGGCUGGUGCCAGGGUCCCGCUACCGUGUGGAGAUCAUUUCUCAGGCUGGGCCUCAUCGCAUCUCCUCUCAGACUGCCAUCGGCUACACUGUCCCACUACCUCCUCUUGCCCUGUCGGCAAGCCCUGUCAGCACUGCCUGGGCUCUGGCUGUGCACUGGGAGACCCCUCCUGGGCAGAGGGAUGGAUACCUGCUCAGCAUGCAUGAGGAGGGCUCUUCUGCACCAGCAAGGAACCUGGAAGCAGGGAAGGACAGCACCAAUGUCACCCUGGCACAGCUAGAACCAGGAACGUGCUACCUUGUUAGGAUCUGGGCAGUAGCCGGACCCUACCGCUCUCUCCCCAAGAAUGUCACUGGCUGCACAGUUCCUGCUGCACCAACAAACCUGAGCCUUACCAACCCAGGCAGCUCCUCAGAUCUUCACAUGUUCUGGAACAAGCCCCCCGGCAGGAGGGACAACUACCGUGUUAUUCUGUAUAGCCUCAGCACCCAGAGCGGGGAUCAGAUCCAGAUCUUGAGUCCGGAUGCCCAGAACAUCACCUGGACUCACUUGGAGGCAGGCAGCAAGUUUGCUGUGCAGGUCACUGCUGUAAAAGGCUCGUUCGAAGCCUCUUCCACCAAUGUCACCCAAUGGACACAUCCCUUGGCCCCUGCCAACCUCACCCUGGGCAGCCCCUCUGCCUCCACACUGCAGGCCUCCUGGGCAGCAAUGGGGCGAGGAGCAGAAGGCUAUGUGGUGGAUAUCUAUGACACAGCCUCCAGCAGUCGUGUUGGGCACAUGGUGCUGGGUGGGGAUGCCAGGAGUCACAUCUUCAGGAAUCUGAGCCCUGGCACCCGCUACAGGGUGGCAGUGAGGGCCACAGCUGGACCUUUCCACACCAGCACCCCCAACCUCACCCACUGCACACGGCACCCCGACAGGCUGAGCGCAUCCUGGGGAGCUGCAGCUGGUGGGCGAGAUGGCUACACACUGACCCUGUACCACACGCGGCUGGGCACCGUGGCAGCUACAGCCUCACUCAGGAGAGACAUUCACAACUUCACCUUCAUGGGUCUGACCCCAGGAUACAAGUACUCCCUGCAAGCCAGUGCCACAGCUGGACCAUACCAGGCAGCAGCACCCAGCAUCAGUGGCUGGACACGCCCACUGCCCCCAGCCGCCGUGCGCUUGCUGAGCACAGGGCACCCUGACAGACUGAGCGCGUUCUGGGAAGCUGCAGCCGGGGGCCGAGAGGGCUACGCACUGACCCUGUACCAUGCACGGCUGGGCACCGUGGCAGCUACCACCUUGCUUGGGAAAGACACCCACAACUUCACCUUCAUGGGACUGGCCCCAGGAAGCAAGUAUGUGCUGGAGGUGGUGUCCAUGGCAGGGUCCUACCAGACGCCUGCAGGGAAUGUCAGCAACUGGACGUGUAUUGUGGCAGCCAAUGUAACUGUUGGGAAAGGCACCAGCAAAUUCACCUUUUCUGGCCUGGCUCCAGGACACAAAUACCUGCUGGAAGUGGUGUCCGUGGCAGGGCCGUACACAGCCUCUGCAGGAAACAUCAGUGACUGGACAACCCCCUCAGUUCCCAAAAAUCUCUCUGCGGUGGCUGAAGGGAACAACACCAUGCUCAUCUCCUGGGGCAGUGUUCCUGGACAGCAGGAUGACUGCCAGCUGUGGCUGCGGGAUCCCAGGAACAGCACGCUGCCUUGGCGACACAGCCUGGGCAGAGGGCAAGUCCAGCACCUCCUCCAAGGUCUGAUCCCAGGGAGGAACUACUCCGUCUCCUUGAGCUGCGUGGCCGGGCCCUACUGGAGCAGCACCAAACCCUUGGCAGUGCCGAUGGAGCCAAACCCAGUGGAGGAUGUGCAGUGCUUACCAGAGUCAAGGAGCAUUUACUUGAACUGGACUAGCUCUCCUGGAGAUGUGGAGGCUUAUGAGGUGGUGACAGAGAGGGUCUCUGAUGGAGCUCCCACCUCCAAGUAUGUCAUGAUCAUCCCUACGAGCGAGGCCAGUCUGGAGGGGCUGGGGCCAAACUCGUCCUACCGGAUUGUUGUGAGCACAGUGGGUAUGAACACAAUGAGGAGCCAGGCUGUGACUCUGCUCUGCAACACAACAGUGGAGGCCCUGCCUCCACCCCUGCGAGCAGACAUCUUCAAGGUGGAGGCCAGCUCCACGGUUAUCAUUUCAUCCGACCUGUUCAGCGAGGAGAAUGGCCAGAUCGAGUAUUAUGGUGUCAUUGCCACCACUAAUGAUUCACUGCUGAGGCCCACCCAGGAAAUCAUGUCCAGCACAUGGUAUGACCACUAUUAUGGGACAGAGGACUCCUACCUGGCUGUGCUAAUCCCCAAUCCCUUCCAUUCGAGCCCCAGGAGCUCCCCCGAAACCUGGCGAGUGCCAGUGGGAACAGAGGAGUGUGGCCAGUCCAGGGCAACAUGCAACGGGAAGCUGAAAGCCAACGAACAGUACAGGUUCAGCAUCGCUGCCUUCACCAAAUACGACCCAGUAGCCCCUGCAGUGACAUUCACCAUGUUCUCAGCUGCUGAAUCCAGUGCAGAUGCAACUCCGCUCUCAAUGCCAAUAAUCGCUGGAAUCAUUGUGGGAUUUAUCUUGACACUUGCAGCUAUUUUUGGUUUGGUUUACUGGAAACAGCUCAGAGCAAAGAGAACCAAGAAGAGCAGCCUGACCCAGGAAAUGGUGACCUACAGCUUGAGAAACGUCCAUCGGCCAAUUCCCAUACAGAACUUCAAGCAGUACUAUGAGAUGAAGAUGGCAAGUGCUAACCACGCUUUUUUCCAGGAAUUUGAGGAGCUGAAGGAAGUUGGGAAGGAGCAGCCAAAGGUGGAGGCUGAGUUGCCAGCGAAUGUCUCCAAGAACAGAUAUCCCCAUGUGCUGCCCUAUGAUCACUCUCGGGUCAAGCUGAGCCAACUUGGGGAGGAUCCGCACUCAGACUACAUCAAUGCCAACUUCAUGCCUGGCUAUACAUCCCAGCAGGAGUUCAUUGCCACCCAGGGGCCCCUGAAGAAAACAAUAGAGGACUUCUGGAGGCUAGUGUGGGAGCAAAAUGUCUACAACAUCAUCAUGUUGACAGUGUGCAUGGAGAACGGGCGGGUCCUCUGUGAUCACUACUGGCCGUCCGAAUCUGCCCCGGUCUCCUAUGGGCAGGUUCGGGUCCACCUGCUGAUGCAGAGCAGCUCCGAGGAGUGGACCAUGCGCGAGUUCAAACUGUGGCACGAGGGUCUCCAGGCAGAGCGGCACGUGUCCCACCUGCACUACACAGCAUGGCCCGACCAUGGGAUCCCGGAGUCCACAACUUCCAUUAUGACCUUCAGAGAGUUGGUCCGGGAGCACAUCCAGAGCACCAAGGAUGCGGGGCCAACCCUCGUGCACUGCAGUGCUGGGGUGGGUCGCACUGGCACCUUCAUUGCUCUGGACCGGCUGCUACAGCAGAUGAAGCAGGAGAAGGUGGUGGACACAUUUGGUGUUGUUUACGCCUUGCGGAUGAACCGUUACCUGAUGAUUCAGACACUGUCCCAGUAUAUUUUCCUGCACAGCUGUAUCCUGGACAAGAUCUUGGAGGAACCUCUCCUGGGUUUAUCAGGGACAGAGAGGUCCUGCCCCGUCCCACUGAAAAGCUUUGCUCAGCACUACACCCAGAAGGCAGCAAAGUCCCAUGUGGGUUUCCUGAGGGAGUACGAGACCCUCCUAGAAGUUGUCAAGGAAGAAGCCAGCUCUGCAACACCAUCUUCAGGCAACCAGCAGACACGGCCCUCUUCCAGCAUCCUCCCAUAUGAUCGCUCCAGAGUGAAGUUUUCCCUGCUGGAACAGGGCCCUUUCUCAGGUCUCCUGCAGGUGUGGCAUGUCCCGGGCUGUAACUCCAGCAGAGAGUAUCUGGCUGUCCAGGGGCCCGACAAGUUGACCAUGGACGACUUCUGGACCCUGGUGUGGGAACAGGACGUUCACACUAUCCUAACACUUCUCCCAUGCCAGGAGAAGGGGGAGGUCCCAAGUGAGGCGUGCUGGCCCCUGGAAGGAGACUCUUUCUGCACAGAGAUGCUGACCAUCCAGUGUGGCACAGAGAAGCUUGUCUCCGGAUGGCGGUGUAUCCAGCUCAAAAUGAAACACGAGAAGAAAGCAAAGGAGAGACAGGUACAACAGUUCCUAUACACGCUCUGGAGCAACAAGAAGCAGCCAGAUGUCCAGAGCCUGGUGGAGCUCCUCACCGCUGUCAGACGCAGUGGCGUGAGCCAAAUGGGGAUGCUGAUCUCCUUGGAUUGCCUGUUGCACCAGAUGAAAGCUGAGAGAAUCGUGGAUGUCUACGGUGUGACCCUCCAGCUGACGAGAAGCUGCUGUCUUAUGACCCCGACUCUGGACCAGUACGUGUUCCUGUACACCUGCAUCCGGGACAUCAUUGCUCAGAAACAGCCCUAA